CCUACUUAAAGCUCACCCUCAAGUCCAUUAUUGCUAUCCUGAUUGUUCCAAGAUGCGCGCUGUAGUGGUGAAAGAACUCGCCCAUCAUACCAAGAUUCCGAUAACGAAGGAUGCACCAGAACCUCAAACAUCCGAAAACCAGCUUUUGGUAGACGUCUAUAGCACGGGCCUCAACUUUUUCGAUAUUCUACAAGCACAAGGAAAGCACCAGAGUAGACCUCAACUUCCCUUCGUUUUGGGUACAGAGUUUGCAGGCAGAAUUUCGAGGAAUUCUCCAAUUCCGAAGGGGUGCAAGUUCAACAGAGGGGACCGCGUCUUCGGGGCGGGUCAGGGUGCUUUCGCGGAUAAAGUUGCUGUCUAUCCGGAGCAGCUGCUCCCACUUCCCGAUAUACUUACUUACGAUGAAGGGGCCGGCCUCUACGUGACGUGGCCCACAAGUUAUGAGGGUUUGGUUGGUCGCGCAAACAUGAAACCAGGUGAAUGGGUACUGGUUACAGCCGCAGCGGGAGGUGUUGGGAUUGUGGCAGUACAACUGGCAAAACUCCUCGGUGGGAAGGUCAUUGCGGCUGCUGGAUCCAAUGAAAAGAUGGAGGUGGCAAAACGUUUCGGCGGUGCUGACUUUGUUGUGGAUUACACAAAACCUGGUUGGCAAAAAGAAGUUUCGAAAAUAACAGGGGGCAAAGGCGUCGAUGUCGUUUAUGACCCUGUUGGACUCAUUCAAGAUACGUUUAAAUGCAUCGCUUGGAAGGGUCGUGCUGUUGUCGUCGGUUUUGCCGGUGGGGACAUAGAAAAGGUUCCAACGAAUCUUAUCCUUCUCAAGAACAUAUCUGUUGUGGGCCUUCAUUGGGGAGCGUAUCGAAUCCACGAGCCCGGUCAAAUGGACACUGUGUGGCACGACAUCCUAGAACUUCUCAAGUCCGGAUAUCCGAUGCCAUGUCGGCAUUAG